GAUUCGUUCAAAGGUCGUCCUUAAAUUAGAGUCUCGCCGAAAAAUGAUACAUUGGAGUUCCUUUUCAGACCUACGGAAUAACUUACAUCUCAUGAAAUCGAUGUUCUAAUUAUGAUCGUCUCUUAGCUUCGCACUCAGGAGUUUUUCUACUAUUUUAAUACUCCUGAUACUGUUGCUAUAUUCACGACUCUGGGAUUCGUCUUGAUAAUUUUAUCUCACUGUGCUUAUGUAAUUUGACAGACUGACCAAUACAUUUGUGUCAAGUUCUUCGCUGCAAACGACUGUUGGAGUUGUCAUUAAGAGCUAAAAUAAGAGAUUAAGAUACCUCUGUUAAUCCUAACAAUUUAAAAUUGCACAAGCUCGUCGCGCAUCAGAAGUUUCAACAGGAGGCUUUGAUACUUCACGCACUGGAUAAAAAAAUAUGUCUAGUUCAUAACUUAGAGAGGAUAUCUAUUAAUAAUUGUUCGAAUAAUAUGGUGAGUUGAAUGUAAUUCUGAUAAUUAAAUAGUUUGGAUUAUAUUAUUUAGGAUAGUGGAAUCCUAGAUGCACCUAUAUUUCUGUCCUGGACACGUCAUCUGAAAGAAUCUGCAUUUCAGUAUUAAGAUUCCCAGUGAAGUUCAAUACCAUGAUAGCCACUACCCGUUCAAAAGGGAUAUUUAUUAAUAAUUGUUCGAAUAAUAUAGUGUAUUGAACAGUUUAUCGAUGUUGGGAGAAGUUAAACAUUCUACUCCAGACUUUCGUACUCAGAGAAGAAAGUCUACCAGAAAGAGUCUUCUUAUAUGUACUCCUUGUCUGACUGAACAGAAUUUAGAUGAGCAUACUUUAACUAGUGAUGUGAAGUCAGAUAACGAAAUUAAUGACGACGAACUAACUGAUGAACUUGCCAAAAGGUAUCAGGGUGAAAGUCGGAAGUGGGAUCAGUUGGUAGAAGAAUAUGAAACACGUUUGAUUCCGGCCGAUAAUCGGAUCGAUAUGCCUUCCGAAGAAUGGAUUAAGACAGAUCGUGUAACCCGUAAAUAUGAAGAUAUAAUUUUUCCCCAAAAGUAUUUUGAUUCCUAUGAUUCCCUGGACAGUUUGGCGGACUCUCUUUUAGACACACAUAAUGAUAUAUUUUUUGAGUUAGAGAAACUUCCCCAUUUAAUCGAAAGGCAGGAUAUGUUUUUAAAGAGCUUUCGGAAAAAAAUGCGUUUGAAACAAAGUGUUUCUCAAGAUUCAUACUUCGGUUCAGCAUCACCAUUGUGUGUUAUAUCUAACUACCUUGGAGAUGAAGUGUGACGUUUUUUUAAAAAUACAAACUUGUUUCCACAUAUUUAUUAGGUUAAUAGUUUCAUAAUAAAUAAAUUUCAAUAGAAAACCCUUAAUUCAUAAAACGAUUAUUUUUAUGGUGUUUCAUUUUUCAUUAAAUGUGUUGAAU